GUAUUUUGGUGAAGUAUUCCGUGGUUACACCCCUGUUAUAAAACCAGCAGGUGGACAGAGAGACCGUGUUUAAUGUGUGAGAGAGGAGUCUGUGAAGUGAACAUGGACAGGACGGUCAGCCUCCCCGACGGGCCCGGCAGAACCACCACUGUGACUCUGGUUGAGACCAGCAGCGCCCCCAGCGGCCUGGAUCUGGUCAGUGCCUACCAGACCAACAGAGUGGGAGACCCCAUGGACCUGGUGGCCCUGGCAGCACAAGUACAGAAGGGCGAUGAUUUCAUUAAAGCCAACGCUUGCAACAAACUGACAGUCAUUGCUGACCAGAUCAGAUACCUACAGGAGCAGGCGAGAAAGGUUUUAGAAGAGGCUAAAAGAGAUGCGGACCUCCACCAUGCUGCCUGUAACAUUGUGAAAAAACCAGGCAGCAUGUAUUACCUCUACCAGCGGCCAUCUGGACAGAAGUACUUCUCUAUCAUCUCUCCUGAGGAAUGGGGUCCAAGUUGCCCGCACCCGUUUAUUGGCGCAUUCAAGCUUCAACAUGACAUGUCCUGGACCCCCAUAGAGGAGGUGGAGAAGAGGGACUCUGAGAUCGCCAUCAUGGACAAGCUUCUCAGCCAGCAGACAGCCUUACCGCCUUACACAGGACCCAACUUCAAGGGUCUCUCCGAAUGAAGGACUGGACUUUUAGCAGGACACAUGGUGGACGCUAGUCUUCGUGGACAUCAGUUUAAACAGACAGAAAUCCAUACAUGGAAGGAUUGUUAGAUGGUCACAACCUUAGGGAUGCUUUUCUAAAAAGCCUGUGUGCGAGGACACUUACAAAAUAAAGUUUUAACAUUUUU